AUGGGACGAUUGCUCAGUCCGCCGCAGGGCAUAAACGAUCGCCUGAUGAACCUCCGCCUACCUCUCUGGGGAAGCAAAUUCGCCACCAUCAUCAACGCCUACGCUCCGACGAUGGCGAACCCCGACGCCGUCAGAGACAAAUUCUACGAGGACCUGCACGCCCUCAUGGCGACUGUGUCGAAGGCGGACAAGUUGGUUGGCCUUGGUGACUUCAACGCCCGAGUCGGCACAGACCAUACUGCCUGGAGAUGAGUGCUGGGUCCCCAUGGUCUCCGCGGCUCAAACGAAAAUGGCCUGCUUCUCCUCCGCACCUGCGCAGAACACCGCCUCAUCCUGACGAGCACCUUCUUCUGUCUGCCGAAGCGAGAGAAAGCCACCUGGAGGCAUCCUCGGUCGCGUCAGUGGCAUCUGCUGGACUAUGUCCUCGUCCGGAGGCGAGAUCAGCGGGACGUGCUGGUGACAAAGUCGAUUGCGGGUGCCGACAGGUGGACUGACCAUCGCCUCGUCAUCUCGAAGAUGCGUAUUCGCCUACAGCCUCGCAGGAGACCACAAGGUAAGCGACCCCCAGGUAAGCUGAAUAUUGCCUUGUUGUCUUUGCCCGCUCACCAUCUCCAUUUCAGCAAUGAGCUAGCUCAACGGCUGGACCACCUUCCUAUCGCUGCCGCCACCGAUGCUGCCGCUGCCGAGAACGCCUCCGUGGAGAACCCCUGGUGUCAACUGCGAGACACGGUCCAGUCGACGGCGCUAGCCGUCCUCGGUCGCGCUCCCCGCCAACACAAGGACUAG